AUGUUUGAUCAAUUAUUGAAUAAUAUGUCUAAUUAUACAAAUCUAUAUUUCAUUAUUAAUAAUCAUACUACUACUACUAAUACUACUCCGUCUUCUCCUCAUCCUGCUCCACCUUCUCAUCCAACUACGACGACUACUACAACAACGACGACGACAACGACAACACCAACAAUUCCUACUAUUCAUCAUACUACUUAUAUCAUCCCUAUUACAUUAUCGAAACAAAAUGAAUUAGAUUUAGAAUAUUUAGAUCAUAUAUUAUCUAUAAUGCGUUUAAUAUGCGGUAAAAUUUUAACUCCCUUAUUAUGUUUAAUUGGAUUUAUAUCCAAUAUUAUUAAUAUUAUUAUAUUAACAAGAGAAUGGAUGAGUUCAUCAACUAAUAUCUAUUUAACUGCUGUAUCUAUAUGUGAUUUAUUAUAUUUAUUAUUUACUUAUUUAUUUUCAUUAUGGUUAUAUCCAUCUAUUCAACAAUUAACUUUAUAUGCCUAUAGUAUUACAUAUAUACAUGGUACUGCUAAUUUAUUUAGUAAUAUUACUACAUGGCUUACUGUAAGUUUUACAUUAGAACGUUAUAUUGUUAUAUCAUCACCUAUAUUAGGUAAACGUUAUUGUACUAAACAACGUGCACGUUAUGUUAUUAUUAUUAUAUUUAUUAUAUGUUUUUUAAUAACAUUACCAGAUUAUUUUAAAAAAACAAUCAAAUAUAAUCAUACUACUUAUAAUACUACUUAUAAUAAUAGUAAUCAUCAUAAUCAAUUAAUCAAUAAUUCAACCAAUACAACAAUCAAUAAUCAUCAUCAUCAUCAUAAUCAAUAUUUAGUUGUUGAUACACAAAUCAAUAUUAUUUUAAUUAAAAUUGGUUAUGAUUAUAUUAAUCAAAUUAUAUUUAUUAUAUUACCAAUGAUAUUAUUAAUUAUAUUUAAUAGUUUAUUAAUAAGAUCUGUGAUGAAAGCUAAUUAUGAUCGAAGAAUAUUGAUCAAACAAGGUAAUAAUAAUAAUAAUAAUAAUACUUGUAUACCAUCGAUCAAUAUUAUAAAUGAUCCGAAAAAUAUUGACUUAUUAUCGAAUAGUAAUACUCCUAAUGAUAAUAAUAAUGAUAAUAAUAAUAAUGGACGUCAAUAUAGUAUGGUUCAAUUAAAUCAAGAAGCUACAACAAGUCAUAAUGUACCAGCAAUUGUACGUGAUGCAUUAGAAGCAAGUAUGAGAACAACAAUUGGUAUCACAUCUAGUAUAACACAAUCAUAUCGAUCAAUGAAUUAUCAAACAAAUUUAUUACCAAUAAUGAAUAUAAAAAAAGGUACAAAAUUAGGUGAACAACAUCGUAUUACAUUAAUGUUAAUUACAAUUGUUAUAGCAUUUGUAUUAUUACAAUUACCAAGUAUGGUACCAACAAUAAUAAUGAAUUUAUGGAAUACUGGUAUAAUACAAUCAACACAAUAUACAACUAAGUGCCUAUUAAUUUAUGCAAAUAUAUCAAAUGUAUUAUUAAUUAUUAAUGCUGCAUUAAAUUUUGUAUUUUAUUCAUUAUUUUCAGCAAGAUUUCGUCAAACAUGUUAUAUACUAUUGAAAAAUAUUACUUGUUUAAAACAUUUUUUAUAUCAAUAA